UAGCUGCCGCUGGAUGUUGACACUUGAUGAAGUUCUCAGGGUUCCGUUUGAGGAGAGAAUGAUGGAUCUGAAACAACCAGGCAAACACUCGCCAGACUUUAAAUCAACUCAGCAGGCGAGUAGGAAAAUGUUUUAAAAGCUUCUCCCACCGAUGACAACAGAUCGUUUGUUCUUCUACAUUUAUGCAUAAUUUUGAGAUGCCUGGUGACUGUGUGCUUAAAAGUGCGCGCGUCUCCGUUGCGCACCACGCUCACUUCGCGUACAAUCCUCAUCCUCAUCUUCGUCUUCAUCGGAUCUAGAGCUGAGCAGCAGCAGCAGCUGCAAUAACAGAAGAUCAGCCUGUCAAAGCAUCUGAAAAUGGCUGAGCUCCGUCCCGCCCGGAGGAGCUCCAGUCCGCCUCUGAUGGGAUUAAUGUGCGUUGUUUUGCUCGUAUUCGUCUCCAUAGCCUCCGCGAGUCAUGGUGUUGUUUCUAGAGACAACGAGACGUUGAGCAGUCCAUCCGGAGAAACACAGGAGGACCCCCAUCAUCAAACUAACUCCACUGCCCACAAGAAGGCUUUCCCCGUCCUCUCCUUCAACUACGACCACGUCAGGAAACCCUUUGAGAUCUCUCUGUGGAUCCUCCUGGCCCUGCUCAUGAAACUUGGUUUUCACAUUAUUCCCAGAGUGUCACACGUUGUCCCAGAGAGCUGUCUGCUGAUUGGCGUUGGCCUGCUUGUGGGUGGCAUCAUCAAAGCCAUCGGAGAGGAAGCCCCCGUUCUUGACACUAAGCUCUUCUUCCUCUACUUGCUGCCUCCCAUCAUCCUCGAUGCUGGCUACUUCCUGCCCAUGCGGCCCUUCACAGAGAACAUGGGCACCAUCCUGGUGUUCGCAGUGGUGGGGACUCUGUGGAACGCCUUCUUCAUCGGCGGCAUGAUAUACGGCGUGUGUCGGAUUGAGGGAAACCAGCUGGCCAGCGUGGACCUGCUGUCCUGCCUGCUGUUUGGCUCCAUCGUCUCAGCUGUAGACCCUGUGGCAGUCCUGGCUGUGUUUGAGGAGAUCCACAUCAACGAGCUGCUGCACAUCCUCGUGUUCGGGGAAUCGCUGCUUAACGACGCCGUCACUGUGGUUCUGUAUCACCUUUUUGAGGAGUUCUCUCACGCUGGAACUGUGACCGUGACCGACGCCGUCCUCGGUGUUGUCUGUUUCUUUGUGGUUUCACUGGGAGGCGUGAUGGUGGGAGCCUUCUACGGCCUUCUGGGUGCCUUUACCUCCCGCUUCACCUCGCACACCCGAGUCAUCGAGCCACUGUUUGUUUUCCUCUACAGCUACAUGGCUUACCUCUCCGCAGAGGUCUUCCACCUGUCGGGCAUCAUGUCGUUGAUAGCAUGUGGCGUGAUGAUGCGUCCGUACGUGGAGGCCAACAUCUCCCACAAGUCGUACACCACGAUUAAAUAUUUCCUAAAGAUGUGGAGCAGCGUGAGCGAGACACUCAUCUUUAUCUUCCUCGGUGUUUCCACGGUGGCUGGUCCUCAUGCCUGGAACUGGACCUUUGUCAUUGUCACCGUGGUCCUCUGUCUGGUGUCCAGAGUGCUGGGAGUCAUUGGCCUCACAUUCAUCAUCAAUAAAUUCCGUAUUGUGAAGCUGACCAAAAAAGACCAGUUCAUUGUGGCCUAUGGUGGCCUACGAGGGGCCAUCGCCUUCUCACUGGGCUUCCUGCUGACCAAUAGUGAGAUGAAGCACAUGUUCCUCACUGCCAUCAUCACAGUCAUCUUUUUCACUGUCUUUGUGCAGGGGAUGACAAUCAGGCCUCUGGUGGAGCUUCUGGCUGUGAAGAGGAAGAAAGAGAGCAAAGGAUCAAUUAAUGAGGAGAUUCACACACAGUUUCUGGAUCAUCUCCUCACAGGGAUUGAAGACAUCUGUGGUCAUUAUGGGCAUCAUCACUGGAAAGACAAGCUGAACCGCUUUAAUAAAGCCUAUGUGAAGAAGUGGCUGAUUGCAGGCGAGCGCUCCACCGAGCCUCAGCUCAUCUCCUUCUACAACAAGAUGGAGAUGAAACAGGCCAUGAUGCUGGUGGAGAGCGGGAGCACUGCCAAGCUGCCCUCACUUAUAUCGUCCGUCUCCAUGCAGAACAUGCAAUCAAGAGGUCCGGCCAGACGACGGGCAAUGCCGACCAUCUCAAAAAGUCGUGAGCAAGAGAUCAGAAAGAUCCUGCGAGCCAACCUGCAGAAGACCAGACAGAGGCUUCGUUCGUACAGCCGUCACGACCUGAUGAUCGACCCGUUUGAGGACAGUGUGAGUGAAGUUCGGUUCAGGAAGCAGCGAGUGGAGAUGGAGAGGAGGAUGAGUCACUACCUCACAGUUCCUGCAAACCGCCAGGAAACACCGCCAGUGAAAAAAGUCUGCUUUGAACCAGAACACCAGGUUUACACCUAUGAUGAUAGCGAGAGCUCCAGAGGCCAGACAGCUCAGACAGAUCCAAACCCUCCUGACAACGUCAGCCUGGUGAACGAAUCCCCCCAGAGGCCCAAUCAGAGCAGCGAACAGAGAGCCAAUGUGCCGGACGAGCAGGAAGAGCAACAGAAACUAUCACGCUGCCUUAGUGACCCCGGUCCAAACAAGGAGGAGGACCUCUCAUGAUGAAGCACAUAUUAACAGGAUGAAUUCACCUCUCCAUGAUCUCCUUGUUUGAUCUGUUGCAUUCAACGAGUGGAGUUCCCAGAGUGAAUGGGAGUUGUAGCAAAGCUUUAUAUUUAUUAAGUAUUAAGUAUUUUCCAUGUCCUGUUUUUGUGAUAUGAGAAUAUGCCUUUUUCCACAAGUUCACAAGUAUUUUCAGCAUGUAACAUGUUUCCAAAGCAUGCACCACUGGACAUUUUCUAUUUCAGGAUUUUAUUACAGCCUGAAGUGAGCCGAGUGUCAGCAUUUAGUGUCUUAACAAGCAAACUUGCGUUGAAUUGUACAAAAAAAGCACUUGUUUUAGCAAGCUUGAAGCACCAGAUGGGUGAAGUUUACCACCUCAAAGCACAGUAUAAAGAAUCUAUAAAGCAGUGAGCGACCGAUAAAUCAUCUCGUCUGAUAUUAUGGAUAUUACCAUUGUUGCAGGUAUAUCAGGGUUGGCACAUACAUCGGCAAAUGAAGAGUAGUAAAUUGCUGCACAAAAAUACCAAAGAAAUAUUUGAGGUGAUUUAGAAACAAUGUCCCCAUAUGUGAAGUUUGUUAUUAGCAAUGCUAGCAGCAUGGCUCGAUAGGCCCAGACACAGCAAACAGACAUCAAAGAGCUAGUGGUGAUGAGGGCUGACUGUUGCGUCGCCUCACCUCACAUGUGUCUCGGCCAAAAAGUUGCACUUAGACACAACUGCCAACUAGUGACCAACGAUUGUCUGUGUGAGAGGAAAUAACUCUCCAUGGCAGCAGGCAGCAGUAGUCUGUAAACAUUAUUAAAAAAGGGAAAUCUGAAGACCAACAGGAUGGAUUCAAGAUGCUAGUUAGCCUGUCAGCACAUUAACAACACAAUCUGUUAUUGAAAGAACAAAGGAUAUUUAUUGUUUGCUAGCGUACAACAACUAUACGAUGGAUUUCCAUUACAUUUUUUACAGACAUUCAUGGUCACCAGAGGAUGUAUCCUAAUAACUUUGGUCAUUCUCUGACUUCUCCUCCAGAGCCACCAUGAGGUUGAAAGUUGGGGGUUUUGGGUGAAAUUUCUCAACAACUAUUGAAUGGAAUGCCAUGAAAUUGUUAAAAAAAAAAAGGUAAACUAUGCAGAACUGUCACUGUUUGUAAACACGUUUGUCAGUGAAAGAGACAGUAAAACUUAGGUUUGGGAGGUAUCACAGUAUUACAGAAUACCAGGGUAUUUAAAAAUCCUCACGGUAUCAUCUUUGAUACCACCAAAGGUACAGGCGCUCCUCUUUCUGUUACACUCACUGUAUGUAGUGCGCAGCGGGUGCCACCAGAGGUCUCUAGUCUCAACUGCUGGAAAAGGCAGCUGGAGGAGGUGAGGUUAACGUUACAGGACUUUUUUUUUAAGUGCACGCCAACACCGUCAUAUAUCGUAUUUAAGGAGGGUAUGAAGGUAUCAAAAAUAAGAUACGGUCCAUGCCUACUAAAAGCCAACUCCCAGAUUCACUCUUGUUUAGCAUUUUGUCUUGUUGUAUUGGUAUUCUUUCUGCGCUGUGUAUCUUAGAUGCCUGCUGCUUACAGUCUAGCAGCUGGUCGAUACCUUUGUACAAAGCUCUGACCUCACCUAAGCACUGUGGGAGUACACACCAAUAAGCAUCACAUACAUGGAGAAUAAGAAGAAAAUACAGCGGAGUUUCUGCAGAAAAAUACACUGCCACACACCUAUAGUGAGUCAUGAAUUGAGAUUGACAGAGAUGAUUAAUUCUGUAUAAGUCUAUACAUUGUUUUUCUAGAAAAAAAUCCUGCACAGUAUAUCUUUGAAUUGGGCUAUAUACUAGUCAGUAUUAUAAAAUACAAGAGAGAAUUACUGUUAAAGGUGUCCUGGUGAAAUGGAGAGCACGUAUCUAGUGAUAUAGGAAUGUUAAAAUAACUUAAAAGUCAAGAAUAAACCACAACAAAUAUUGUUUGACCGAGGUCUGUGAACAAGCUUGUAUUUAACCUCUCUGCAUGACUGAUCUGUUUUCUCAGGGACGACAACAUGGCACAGUAUUAACAGAAGCUCUCUGCAAAAGGAAAAUAAGUAUUAAUGUGCUCCACUGGUCUCUGUUUAUAAUGUGACUGUUUUGUAUGCUACUGUGUUUUUGAUUGCGUCAGUAACAUUCCAGCAGUAAUCGAGUUUAACAGCUUUUUGUAACAAAGCUCUCCAUAUCUGUGUUCUUGGUAACUGAACAUGCUUGAAAUGAAUACUUCACUUCCCAAAUGAUCAUUUGUAUAUCAGUUACUCACCCUGUGUUAUAUUGACUUUGUAAAGAAAACUUUGUUUUUCUUGCAUGCCUCCAGAGAAAGAAUCCCAAAA